AUGGCUGAUGAUGACGACCGUCCGCGGUUAAAAUUCAAAUUCAAGUUGGACUCCGGUUUCCUGAAUAGCGAGAAAGAAACUGAAAACGAUGUCUACUCAAAACUCGGGAAAGAUAAGAAGAAAAAGAAGAAGAAGCGGAGAAGCGACGAAGAGAAGAAGAUCAAAAAGUCCAAGAAGGAGAAAAAAGCGAAAAGAUUUGACGAUGACCCAGAAACUGUCUCAUCUCUCGAGGACGAGCCGAUUUCAAAAGCUGAAAUUUCGCCUCCACCAGAACGAGCAGAAGUUCCGAAAGUCGAAAGUAAUUUCGAUAAGAACUCGCCCUAUGCUGAUGCCUUCAAAGCCGUCUUGUCAAGAUUCGUUGGCGAGCUCGAAAAGCUUGACCCAAAUGGGAUCUUUGCUGAGCCGGUUACCGACGCAAUCGCGCCUGGGUACUCGACAAUCAUUCGCAAUCCCAUGGAUUUCUCAACAAUAAAGCAGAAGCUCGACAACUUCGAGUAUCUAACCGUCAUUUCCUUGCGACAGGAUAUGAUUCUGAUGCUGGACAAUUGCACAAAAUACAACACGGCGGAUACACCCUUUCACCAGCUCGCGUUGAAGCUCGAAAAAGACGUUCGGAGAAUCGUAACGAUCAAACGAGCGGCGAAAUUUUUGAAGAAAAAUGGAGUCGACCCAGAUGGAAUUGAUGAAGUGUUGGAAGAAUCCCGUGUUCUUGAAAAUGAGGUGUCGAACGAGCCAUCAAUAGAUUCAGAUAAUGAUACGCAAGACGGAAUACCUGAAAAAGGAGCCACACAUUCUCCUCGCGGUCCAAAAAAGCUUGACUGGGCUCCCUUGAAACCGGGCACGAUGGAGUUAACCGAACCAGUUCUUGAGAAUCCCGAUCAAUGCUCACAUACGGACACGAUGGAUGCAGUUGAUGUUCUGAAGAGCGUCACUAGAGCGGCUGCCGAAGCAAGAGAAAGACUAUGUUUGAAAUAUCCCGGCGAAGCUCGUCUUGGAUACAUAACGAAUGCUUACGGCGGUAAAAUGGAAUUUACGACGAUAAACGAUGGAUCUGGCGAGUCCGGCGUCACGAUGCCGAUUAUACCCGUGAAAAUGGAUUCGCCAGAGCCGGAAAUAGAUCCAGUCGAUUACUACACAUACGGACCGUAUGGCGACUACCAGCCGACUUAUGAUAACCGAUUGAAUGACUUCUUUAACAUGGCUUCGGAAAAAGAAAAAGAACACGAGAAAAAGAAUGAACUCUCUCGAUUGAAGAAAAUCUACGGCGGAGAGAGGGAAUUGAGUUAUGUCCAGAGCAUACAGUACUUUGUCAAAGACAUGGAACAGCCUGGAAUAGAAGCGGCGGAAAAAGUGCUCAACAAAGUUACUCAUGGUCUUCAUGAAACUACGAGAAUGAACAAAAUGCCAGUCCAAGAUUGUAAAAUCGAUUGCAAAGCUCUUGAGACGCUAAAAGAACUUGGAAUUGACACUAGCUGGCUCGAAGCGUUUGACAUGAACUCGCCAGUGUUCAAAAAAGCCGAACUGAUUGACAAAACCCUUCAAGAGGCGGCGGAGUUGAUGAGCAAGAUUAAUCAAGAUAUUCUCAAUGGUGACAUGUCAGACGAGGCCAGAGAGUCCAUUAAAGAGCAAGUGGGUUUACUUAACAAAAUGCUAAAGACGAUGAUUCCUCUUUACGGCGCGUCCAUGGCCGGCAAAAGCCAGCAAAUGAUGCGGCACCAGCACCAGCAACAAGUGCACAUCAAAAGUGAGGCACAGCAAGUGAUGGUUUCUCAAGAGCACGGCUCUCGCCCCAGCCAGAUUCCGACGCAGCACCAAGUGCUCGUCAAGCAAGAGAUCACUCGCGACUCGAGAGACUCGCAGAUUGUCGGGCAGCAUCAGAAUCAGACACUUGUGAAACAAGAAUCGACCCAGUCGUCGGUCAAGACUGAAGUUGACGCCAGUCACUGA